AUGGCCCCACCAACUUUCAACAAUAUCACUAAAGAUGUCAAUUCUUUAAUCAAUGCUGACUAUUACCAUGGUCAACCAUUAGCUUUGGACAUCUCUACAACUGCUAAGAACGGUGUCAAGUUCGAUAUUAAGACUAAACAACAAAAAGCUGGUUCUCCUUUAUCUACUACUAUUGAGACCAAAUUUAAUGAUAAAUCCACUGGUUUAUCAUUAACUCAAUCUGUUGCUAACAGCGAUAACAUUGCCACUAAGAUCGAAGUCGAUGAUAUCUUGACUAAGGGCUUAAAGACUGAAUUGAUCACCUCGAUUGUUCCAGAUGUCUCAAAGGAUGCUAAAUUGAAUUUAUCUUUCACUCAAGAUUUCUUGACUGCUAGAGGUAACUUCACCUUGAUCAAUAAACCAAGUUUUAUUGGUGACUUCACCAUUGCUCGUGAUGGUGUAGUCGGUGGUGCUCAAUUGAGUUACGAUAUCACACAAGGUUCUCUAUCAAGCUAUCUAGUAGCUUUAGCUUACAAACAAGCUGACUACACCGUCGGUGUCUCUUAUACUGACAAACAUUUGAGUACUAUUUCGUUAUUCCAAAAUGUUUCAGACGUCUUACAAAUCGGUGCUAAAGCUACGACCGUAUGCAAAUACAUCCCAGACCACAAGAACACUAGCAUUGAAUUUGCAACUAAAUAUAUUCCAGACGAAUCCUCUCAAAUUAAAGCAAAGAUCCAAGACACUGGUAUUCUAGCUUUAGCAUACAAGCAACAAUUGAGAAAGGGUAUUAAUGUAGGUAUUGGUGCUUCUUUCAACGCUCUAAACUUGAAUGAACCAGUCCACAAAAUCGGUGGUUCUUUAUCAUUCUCGACUUAA